UUUCCUCUCUUCGCUCUGCUGCCGCCAGCGUUUUCGCCCAUUUUUCCCCCCCCUCUCUCUCUCUCUCUCUCUCUCUCUCUCUCUACAGGGCUUUAGCGAUGAGCAAGCAGAACGACCAGCUCUCUCCCUACAACAUGGCGGAUCUUGGGUCUGCCUUACCCGGCGCCGCGGCUCUCAGCGCGGAGGAUCGAGCCGGACUCGUCAAUGCCUUAAAGAACAAGCUGCAACACCUUGCUGGUCAGCACUCAGAUGUUCUUGAGUCUCUUUCUACAAAAGUCAAGAAGCGUGUUGUUGUUUUGCAAGAGAUACAGAGCCAACAUGAUGAGCUUGAAGCAAAAUUUUUCGAAGAAAGGGCAGCACUUGAAGCCAAGUACCAGAAGCUGUAUGAUCCACUAUAUACGAAGCGGUAUGAAAUCGUGAAUGGCAUUGUUGAAGUUGAUAGUGUUGAGAAUGAAGAAGCAUCAGAGAAAACCCCAAGAGAUGAUACAGAUAAUAACGAAGAGAAAGGGGUUCCCGAUUUCUGGCUGACUGCUAUGAAAACCAAUGAAGUGCUUUCUGGGGAGAUAUAUGAGCGAGAUGAGGAGGCUCUCAAGUAUCUCAGGGACAUAAAGUGGUGCAGGAUAGAUAACCCUAAGGGUUUCAAGCUUGAAUUCUUCUUCGACCCAAACCCCUACUUCAAGAAUUCAGUCUUGACGAAAACGUAUCACAUGAUUGAUGAUGAUGAGCCCAUCUUAGAACGAGCAAUAGGGACUGAUAUUGAAUGGUAUCCGGGAAAGAGUCUGACACAGAAGGUUCUGAAGAAGAAGCCAAAGAAGGGAUCAAAGAAUGCAAAGCCCAUCACUAAAACCGAAGACUGUGAGAGCUUCUUCAACUUCUUUAGCCCUCCCCAAGUCCCCGAGGAUGAUGAGGAUAUAGACGAAGAGACUGCUGAGCAGCUUCAGAAUCUGAUGGAGCAGGAUUAUGACAUUGGCUCAACCAUCCGAGACAAGAUCAUCCCACAUGCUGUCUCUUGGUUCACAGGGGAAGCUGUGCAGGGUGAUGAAUUUGAAGACAUGGAUGAGGAGGAUGAUGAAGAUGGUGAUGAAGAUGGAGAUGAUGAUGAAGAGGAGGAAGAAGAGGACGAAGAUGAUGAAGACGAUGAGGAUGAUGAGGAAGAAGAAAGAGGCAAGAGCAGGAAGAAGCCAGUAGCAGCAGGACAUAAGAAGAUCGCUGGCGGCGUAGUUGGCGAAGGUCAGCAGGGGGAACGGCCCCCUGAAUGUAAGCAGCAGUAGCAAAUGGGGGAAUAUAGUGUACAACAUCAUGUUGCAGCAGGCUAUACAUAGAAUUUGGUGAUCCCAGGGUCAUCAUGAUUUAUUGUGGGCUCUCUUCCAUCACAGCCCAUUUAGAAGAGAAGCUUGGAGCUUUUUGUUGCCAUGGCAGGAGUUUGGGUUUAAACCCUCUCUCUCUCUCUCUCUCUCUCACUCACUCACUCAGUUGUUUAUUCAUUAGGAAGACGGCUUGCAGUUUGAGACACCAUAAGACCUUUUACGAGUAUUUAAGCAUAAUUUAUUAUUUCUCCCUUGUUCGAUAUUCCCAUGCACUCCAUAUUUGAGUCUGGCCUGCCCUAAUAUAUUGGAAAAAGUGCGUUACUGGAAA